AUGGGUAGUACAGCAGAAAAAGAAGACGAACGAAAUCUAUUAAAAAACGAAGUUGAGAAAUGUGUAAAUUAUCACAACUUUCUAAUUAACUAUAUAAAACGUCUCAAUGAAACAGUUUGGUAUCCAAACAUGUUAUUGAUGUUUUGGAGUAUUACAGCAUACUGUGUUGAAAUAUUUGUAAUAGCAAAAAGUCCUAUUGAUGGCGACUUUUUCACAAGAGUGACGUAUUUAAUAGAAGAUAUUUAUGAUUUUUUUUUGUUUUAUGUUAUACCUGGUCAGUUACUGACAAACGAGGCAGAGAAGGUGGAAAAGUUUGCAUAUUUGAGCAACUGGUAUGAACAUUCCGUUGAUAUAAAACAACCAUUCCUAAAUAUGGUGUCCUGUAUUAGUCGAAGACCAGUAACUUUAAACGCUGGAAAGUUACUUCACUUUAAUUUUAAAAGUGCCCAAGAGAUAUGUAAAAUGGUAUUUUCCUACUAUAUGUUUUUGAAUGCAGUGAAUGAUAUAUAAAUGAGUAGAUAAAGUAAUACAGCAUCCACUAAACUCACGUUUUUUAAACAUGAUCACCUCAUCAACACAAAAGUAUAAAAAUAGUAAAUUAAUAGACUAUACAAAUAGUAUCUUUCAAAGUGUGUCGAACAGAUUCUAAAAUAUUG